GGCCGGCCGGCGCGCGAUGGCCGCGAUGGCAGCCCUCAUGGCGGCGCUGACCGGUGCAGUCGCAGCGGCGAGGGGCGUCUUGCGAAGGCAGCGGGCGCCCGGGCUGGCCAGGGCGAUCGUGGAGGGCCGCCGCGCCAAGUUGGCGCAGGACAGCGUGGCCAGCGUGGGCAACGAGGCCGCGAGCGACUGCAAGGCGGCCGCCACCGUGGCCAUCCGGGGGCUCGGGAAGGGCUUCGAGGCGAGGUGCGCCAACGUCGAGAGGAACGUCCACCAGCAGGGCUCCAAGACCAACACGUGCGAGGCCCAGAUUGCCACGCUCCAGCGGGACAUUCAGGAGCUCUGCGAGCAGCUCGAGAUCGCGAAGAAGGAGGUGCUGGGGCCGAAGGUCGUCUUCGAGGAGGCUCAACGCUUCGCCCGCCCGCCGGGCCCAGCCGUCAUGGUGGCGCGGACGCGGGCGACGGCUGCCGUGCCCAUGGCGGAGGUGGAGAGCGCGCUGCAGGAGUGGCUUGGGGCGGCCAACCUGCUGGCCGUGGACGGGCAGCAGGAGGCGAAGUACAAUAUCGAGGGAGAGCGGGUUGGCAGCCGAUUCCUGGCGCGAAUGCAGGGACUCCCGGGCACGGCGGCGCAGCGGGCCAGGCAGGGGCUCGGCUCUGCCGGUAUGGUGGAGCUCUUCGUUGGGCUGGACCGGAACCCUAAGCAGGUGCGCACAGAGAUCAUCUGCAAGCAGGCGAAGCGGAUCUUCUCCGCCACCUACCCCAACCGGAGCGAUGCGACGUCGCAGCCGCGCCUGGGCUGGUGCGACAAGCACGCGGCGCUGUUCGGCGUGGACGAGUCGGCUAUCGCGGAGGAGCUCCUGGCCGGCGUGGCGAGGGCCGACGUGACCGCGCUGCAGUGCUGGGACCGCCAGCGCUCGAUGGCGAAGUGGGGGUAUUUGAAGCGCCUGCUGGUCCCUGGCACGGCGGUGGCAGAGCAGGAGACGCACGGCAGCUCUGAGUUGUUAGCGCGAACGUUGGCUAGGCUCCGCGCGGCCGCUCUCCCCCGGUGUGAUGCAGCGACCGAGGGUGGCUACCUAAGCGGUCCCGCCCGGCGGGCGCCCGACCAAUCGCGCUUGCAGACGAGCGUCGAGUCAGGCCUUUUGGGCGGCCGGCCGGCUCACCGACCGCUCGAGACCCAAUGGCGGCGCGCGCUGGCUGGCUUAAUCCGGAUCGAGCACGAGGAGCCGACCUGGGUGGACCGCGCUAAGGCCAGAGUCUCCAUUCUCGACCACAUCUACGUGGGGUGCCCUGGCUGCCUCUUCAAUCAGCUGGAGGGCUCGGUCAGCCUGGCCAGCGCGCCUGAGGUGGUGGAGGCGAGUGGCAUCAGUGACCAUGCAGCUGUUGCGGCACUGUUGCGGCCGCGCUUGACGACGCCCGCGGCCGAGCGCCCCAUCGAGCCCAACCUCUUUCGCUUGUCCUUCUUCGUGGAGGAGUCGAAGCUCAUGCUGGAGCAGGCGGGCCUCAGCGGCGUUGCGCCCUCGAAGCUGCACCUGUUCAAGCAGCCGGGGCGCGAGGCUGCGCGGCGCACCCGGGAUUGGCUUCUUCUCGAGGGUCCUGGUGUUCACGGCGCACAGUAUCAGUUGGCGCGCUCCUUGGCGCGCGUGGCAUGGCGCCAGGAUGCGCGGCUGGCGGCCCGGGUGCUGGCGACAUGUCCAGCGCUCGCUGGCUAUCUGGAUUUGGAGCACCUGGAGCAGGAGAAGCAGUUCAUUGAGGAGCACAAGAACACCGUCAACGGGAGGGGCGCGGUGAAGUGCGAGCGGAAGCUGGGGGCCGCCCCGCGGAGAGCGGCACUCUGGCUGCCGCGGGGCAGGAGGGCGCGGUUGCAGGCCCUCGUCGUCGGGGACGACGUGGCGAGGGACGAGCAGAGCAUCGCCCAGGGGCUGAGGGGGCACUGGGGCCAGGUGUUCGAGCGCAAACCCGUCGACCAGAGGGAGAUGCAUGCGUAUCUCGACCGGAUGGGGAUCCACCGCGAGGAUUUCGGCGCGCUGGAGCCUCCCGCGGCGCGCGACUUCGAGCGGAAGCUUGCCGAGAGCCUGGGCCGGAGCGCGCCUGGGCCAGACGGCUUGCGCUUUGAAUUCUGGUGGCAGGCCCCGGGGGCUGCUGGCCUCUUGGCUGAGGCAGCGCAGUGGAUGGCUGACGGUAGCGGCAUGAAUGUGGAGUUCAACGGCUGCCUGGCCCUCUUCAUUCCGAAGGGGGGCUUCGAUUUGGACGGGGAGGGGGUGCAGCGGGAGGCUGGGGACAUGCGCCCUUUGAGCCUCCGCAACACCAAUAUCAAGGUGAUUGCGUCUGUUCUGGCGGGCAAACUGGCACGGGCGGCUCGAAAGGCUGUGCCGUCUUCGCGGAGAGGCUUCCUCAAGAGGCGCAUCUUCGGACGCAGCGCGGCCGCGCUGGACGGUGCGGCGCGCGUGCGCUCGGCGUCGGACGGGCCGCGCGCCCGGCUUCCGGUGCUCGCGUUCUUUGCUUUCCAGCGCGCUUGCCCGAGCAUCGGCCAAAUGUUCAUGGUGGAGGCGAUGAGGAGGACGGGGGUCCCUGACGGCGCAGUCAACAUGCUGCAGGGGUUCUACGCCGGCGUGCACUGCCUGGGAGCGGCGCAUGGGCAGCUGGUCUUCCUUUUCGCACUGGAGUCCGGCAUCCUGCAGGGAUGCCCGUUGUCGGGGGUGAUGUUCGCCCUGUGCGCGGCAUCGUUGUUCGCGGAUUCGGAGAUGCAUGUGGACGCGAAGGGUCGCGGUGCGACUGGUGGCUGCGCGGGCGAUGUUGGCGCUGCCUUCAAACAGCUGAUGUCGCUGCUCCCUGUGGAGCGGAUCUCUGCCGUCUAUGAGAAAAUCUCUUGUCUGCAGCUCAAGCCGCCCAAGUGCAUCCUGGUUCCAGUCGGGGGGCCCUUCGAUCCGGACGUGGUGCAGCGCAUUCAGCUUUGGCAGAAAUGGCGCGGGCGCGGCCAUGCAUUGGGGCGCAUUGGCGCCUCCUCGACGCUGGAGACGGGCGCGUUGUACAACCAGCGCGCGGUGCCGACGAUGGGCUAUCUUGCGCAGUUCGCUUCCCUGCCCAAGGACGGCGCUCUCCGAGAGUGGACGGUCCUCGCCUCCAACCUCAGGACGCCGCGCAACGCCUGGGGUUGGGGGGGCUGGUUCUCCUUGGGGCGCCGGCGUGGCCCGCCCAUCCGCUUGGCGGCGAUGGCGGCGAUGGCCGUUCUCACGCGCGCGGCGCUGGUCUCCCAUAGCAGCUGGCAGGCGGCAGCAGGCCGCUGGAUGCGACAGUCUUAUGCGGAAGACCUCUGCGACGCAGCCGGCGGGUUCGCCAGCCGCGGCGGCAUGGUCGCCGUCGCCGGCCGUUGUGCUCUGCAGGAGGCCCGGAAGAAGCUGGGGGACAUCCGCGCACUGGAGGGCCGCGACGGAAGGCCCAGGAGAAAGGAGAUUCAGGCUACCAUCCAGAGUGCGAUCGAGCGGACGCUAUUGCCCGAGGAUUUGGCGGCCCUGCUGUUCAGGCGCGCGGUGACCUGGUGGCCUGGGCUCGCGGUGUGGAUCGUGGACAUCCAGUGGGAGCGGCUCUGGGCCCUGCUGCAGAAGGUGCCUGCGUCGUGGGCGUUGGCCGUCUUGCGCACCUGGAUCCUCGAGGAGAUGUUGGGGCUGGACCACCUGCCACCCGACCUGCUCGUUCGGUGGGGCUAUGCGAGCACGGCUGAGAAGGCCCCCGCGGUGCCCCCGCUGCGGGCGCGGCGGGCGUUCCG